AAAAAAAAAAAAUGGCAAAGCUGCUUAAAAACCGAUGUUAGAGGUGAAUCUUUACCCCUUCUUCUUAGCUCAGUCAGAUACUCUCAUUUCCCCCUACGACGUCGUCUAACUCGAGCAUCCACCACCACACCUCGCCUACCCAGAAGGAAAAGCUCCGUUCUUCCUUCUUCCUUGUGUUAUUUCCGAUGUAGAAUUUGUUGCGGUAAUUAUCAAAAUUUUUAGUUAGAAGGAUUUUCAAAGUUUUGGUGAUUGUGGAGGAGUAUGGAUGCCAGUGGACCAGCAAACACGGUCAUAGAGUAAAGAGAAGCAGGCUGUCAUAUAUCUACUUAUUCAUAAGUCCAAGCUAAAGUUUGAGAGGAAGAACUGAAAGUAUGGCAACAUCAAAAUCAGAUAUGAAGGGCUUCUUCAAGCAAAAGAAGAAGUCUGGUGGCAUAACAAAGGCGAAGGCCAAAUCAUCAUCUACAAAGAAAUCUCUGUCUCCAAAGCGCUCAGCUACUUAUGGCUCUGACAUCACUCAACCUGCUGCUCUUAUCUCACAUGGUUUUCCUGACAUUGAAGAUGAUUAUGAUGAAAAAGAGGAAGUUCUCAGGCAAUUUGACAUGAACAUGGCAUACGGACCAUGCCUUGGGAUGAGCAGGCUUGCUCGCUGGGAGCGUGCCAAAUCCUUGGGCAUGAAUCCUCCUGAAGAUAUAGGGCAUCUCUUGAAAGCUGGCAAAGUUGGAGCUGAAUGUUUGUGGGAAGGGCGUGUUUAGCCAGACCUUGCUGUCACCUUGUCGUGGUCUUAUAUAUUUUUCACUCUGUAAUGAUGUCUACUGUUGGAUGCUUAGCAAUGUACUGUACGUCUCAUAGUCAUGCUAGUCAUGUUUGUUCUUAACAGUCAGAAGACGUUCAGCAUCUGGCUGGACUAGUGUUGUGUGGCACCUGAUCGAACCUGUCACUUGAAAUGCUUCCUUUUCAGAUUUAAAAUGUUGGUAAUCUUGUUUUGCUUUUGAUA